CUUCAGUACACUCACAGUUCCCUGUACAGACCUCAACACUCAACUAAACGCCAGAAAAUAAGAGAGGAUGGCCGUGCUCAAGAUUGCCUUGAUUGUCUUCGUUUGUCUUGAAGGCUGUGGUCUGACUUCGGCUUUCAACAUCUAUGGUCUGCACAAUGCUCCAGAUGCCCUGAGAGCAACUGGGGACGUCUGCCAGGACUGCACCCAAAUAUUUGAACUCCUUGCCGACAUGUUUUCCAAUGCAGACCUCCAGAAAAAGAUUAUGGAUGGCCUUGAAAAUCUGUGUGACCACCUGCCUGGACCAGCUAGUACUGCUAAACUCUGCAAAGAUGAGGUGGAGAAGAUGCUUCCACUGGCCAUCACCUUCAUUGCAGGUGUGGUGAAACCAGAGCAGGUCUGCAAAGCCAUUGGACUCUGUGGCUCCUCUGACGAGCAGAAGAUGCUCAGCUAUUUCGUCAAGGAGGUCCUUCAGGCUGCUGUGAAAAGUGAAAAUGUGCAGACCCCACCACAAUGCUCCUUCUGUGUUUUUCUGAUCAAGGCUUUGGAGGACAUGCUCCCUAAAGAAAGGACUGAGGAGGCCGUGGUCAAGCUUCUGGGUGAGAUCUGUCAUAUUUUGCCCUCCACCUACCGGGAUCAGUGCGAGGCCGUGAUUGACAAGUUCGGCAAGACGGUGCUGGAUGCAAUCCUGGGCUAUGCCACCCCUCAGGCCAUCUGCGCUCUAAUCCACAUGUGUAAUGGGCAGGAGGCUCCUCAUGUAGACCCGUGCACUUUGGCCACCUACAGGUGCAGAGACAUGACGACUGCCCUCAAAUGUGGAACUUUGUUCUACUGUCAGAAAUUUGCCUGGAAGCCUCUCAACUAGAUCUAAAUGUUAAGGGUGGGCCUAAAUUAAUGAGUCAAACUCAUUGUCACCAUGGACAACCCAGAUCUUUCAACAUCAAACUGCAUAUAUUACUUAUACUGCUUGACACCUGUGCCAUUCUGUUUGAUAGCAUUUCUUUCUGAUACUGAUUUCAUAUCUUACUGCAAUUUUGCUCAGUAUAUACUAUCUGCAUUGAGUGAAGAAAACCAGGACUUAGUUUUACAAAAUAUCAUGACAAAAGGAUUAUUUGAACUUCUGAUGUAAAAUGAAUGUGGAUCAGAUAUGAAAGCUCAGCUGUAGGAUCAGAAAGUUGAAUUAUUUGUAAAAAAAAAAAGAAAAUGUCUUCACAAAUAUUCUGUGUACUUACUUUUUUUGUACUGACCUCUGUAUAAAACGUUUCAGGGCUUCAUACACUUAAGUUUCUUCCUGUAAUCUUUCACGCAGUCAGAUUAUCUCAGAAGAGUUAUCUGACUAAAUGUAGUUUAAUUCAUAUCAAUGGAUAGGUAUUAUAUUCUGCCAAUAAAAGCGCAUUUUAAAAAAAUUCUCAU